AUGUAUAAAGACAAAGACAAUUGGGAACAAGUCUGGUACAAGCUGAGAGGUGUAUCAUUAAAAUUGUUUAGAACAACUAGGAACAAUGAUUCAACAAAUGAGGCCCUUGACUCUUUAUGUGAGAUUGAAGAGGAUGAUGAUAUGACUUUCUUUGAAAAUAUCACAAGAGAAGCCUUUGCUGGUGAUAGAGGAAAAGCAAAUGGCACCAACAAAAGUUUGUAUGGGCAAUAUUAA